UGAAAAGAGUAGAAAUGAGUACUAAUUAAUAGAAAUUAGCCGAAUUUAGUAAAAACGAGUUACUUAUUAGUACAAAUGAGUAGAAAAUAGUGGAAAUGAGUAUUUGAAGUCCAGUGUGAAAGCUCUGGUCACCUGCGUAGGUGACUGACGUAUGUCAUCAGGCGCUGCUAUAUAAGCGCUCGCGCUUCGCCACAGCCCCUUUCAUUCUGUGGUGAUGAUGAUGAUGAUGCUGCUCUCGCCUCGCCGCGCGCGCGCUCCCGCGCUGGGGGUGCUGCUCUAAGGGGGACGAGGGUUAAGAAGCCUUCGCGUGACACUGUGGCGCCGCGCGCGAGCCAGGCAGAGAUGGAGGAGAUACAGAACCUGUCCCUCUCCUUCCAGAACGCGUCCGGUGGCCUGUUUUACCAGAACGUCUCCAACGGCACGGCGCCGGAGCGCGCGGAGGUUCCGCUGAGUUACCAGGUGUCCACGUCGGUGCUUAUCGGCGCGCUCAUCCUCUGCUCCGUCUUCGGGAACUCGUGCGUCGUGGCGGCCAUCGCUCUGGAGAGGUCCCUGCAGAACGUGGCCAACUACCUGAUCGGCUCCCUUGCCGUCACGGACCUCAUGGUGUCGGUGCUGGUGCUGCCCAUGGCGUGCCUGUACCAGGUGCUGGACAGGUGGACGCUCGGCCAGGUGACCUGCGAUAUCUUCAUCUCUCUGGACAUCCUGUGCUGCACCUCCUCCAUCCUGCACCUAUGCGCCAUAGCGCUGGACAGGUACUGGGCCAUCACCGACCCCAUCGACUACAUGAAGAAGCGCACGCUCAAGCGCGCGGCGGUGCUGAUCGGCGUCACCUGGCUGGUGGGCUUCUCCAUCUCCAUCCCGCCCAUGCUGAUCAUGAAGUCGCAGCCCAAGAGCAAAGCGGAGGACAUCGCCAACCCGGAGGCGUGCAUGAUCAGCCACGACCCGUGGUACACCAUCUACUCCACCUUCUGCGCCUUCUACAUCCCGCUCAUCCUCAUGCUCGUGCUGUACGGGCGCAUCUUCAAAGCAGCGCGCUUUCGCAUCCGCAAGACGGUGAGGAAGUCCGAGAAGGUGAAGUGCCUCACCGUGUCCCCCGCGCUCUUCAAGAAGUCCAACGGCGAGCUGAAGAGCUGGAGGAGCAGCGUGGAGCCCAAGCCCAUCGCAGACUGCUCCAACGGCGCGGCCAAGCGCCACGACGACGGCGAGUCUUUGGAGAUCGUGGAGGAGGUGCAGCCGGGCGGCGCCAAGAGCAGCCUGCCGCUGCCCAACGCGCCCGGGCAGGUGCCCCUGUUCGAGAACAGGCACGAGAAGAACACUGAGGCCAAGAGGAAGCUCGCGCUGGCUCGGGAGCGCAAGACGGUGAAGACCCUGGGCAUCAUCAUGGGCACCUUCAUCCUCUGCUGGCUGCCGUUCUUCAUCAAGGCGCUCGUGAUGCCUUUCUGCCCCUCGUGCCAGAUGCCCGUGUGGCUCAUGGAUGUGAUCAACUGGCUGGGCUACUCCAACUCCCUCCUGAACCCCAUCAUCUACGCCUACUUCAACAAGGACUUCCAGAGCGCCUUUAAGAAGAUUAUCAAAUGCCAUUUCUGCAGACCCUGAACCCAAUGCUGAGAGAGCUUUAGGUUGGGAAAGCGAUGCUUUUGUGGGGCUACACUAUCAGAGAAAAACUGAAGAAAAAAAACCCAAUAAAAACAGCAGGUACUGUACAGGUACACACUUUUGGUCACCAACCAUUCAGGUACUGAGGAUCAGCUGAAACUGCAAUAUGGAAUAUAGUAGAGAAAUGUCCUUUAACUAAAGGAAGAAGGGUACGUACCUCCCGCCAGAGACCGCAGUGAACACGGGGACUCCAGUUUUGUACCAUUUCUUGUUUUAUUUAUUUAUUUAUUUGUUUAUUUAUUUAUUUAAAUGACCUCGCUGGAUUGAAAGAGACACAGAGAGAUAAAGAUAUAUAUUGAUGAUGAUGAUGAUGAUAAAAACAAACCAUAGAGAGAUAAAGAUAUAUUAAUAUGAUGAUUAUGAUGAUGAUGAUGAUGCUGCUGAUGAUAAUGAAAACAAACAAAUCCAUCAAACCUGUAUGCAGUAUAGCUACAUUUUUAGGAGAAAGUACUGUACAGGUACAUUUUUGGUCACCAUAAAAUAAAUACAGAAACUCUGAAAGGUAUUGCAUAGGGCUGCACAAUAUACAAAAUAUAUUAAGAGUUAUUAUUUAUAUUUUAAUAAUAUUAAAAUAUUUAAUUAAAUUACAUUUAUUUAAAUGGUAUACAGAACUAGUCAAAAGUUUGGACACACCUCUUCCCAUUCAAUGUGUUUUCUGGAAUAGUUUUCUCAGCAUCUUGAAGGAAGGAGUUCCUGGAGGUGCUGAACAACAGUUGCUGCUCUUCCUUCACACUUUCAGACCCUUUGUCCAUUACAUUGUGUAUUUUCUUAUUUUUCUUUUAUGUUUUGUUGCAAAUAACACUAACUAAGACUAACUGAUUAACUGUUGUUAAUCAGAAUAGACUAUUAACGGGCCAAUGAAAAGGUUUAUAAGCCAAUAAAACAGUAGCUUAGCCCCGCCCACUGCACUGUAAAAAAAAAAAAAAAAAAAAAAACAUCACUAGAGCCAAAGAGGCAAAUUAAAAGUUCAUUAAUUUUUACUGAUUGUAUGUGAUUUUUAAUCACAUUUUUAUCAUGUUUAUUUUAGUGUUUAGGGAUGGUUUGUGAACAAAAAAGGUCAAUAUCAAAGCUAAAAUAAAAAUCCAAUCCAAAAGAUGUAAAAAAAGUCAAUUGGAUUUAAUGUUUAUAUAGAUUUUAUAUUAAAAUAUUCUAAUAGUAUAAGAGUCUUUCUUUUGUGUGCAUCGCAGACAGACAACAGCAUUAAUGUUUUCAUCAUUGGCACAUAAUUCAGGUCUGAAAGGGUUAAAUGGCUUUAAAAUUAAUAUACAGUGUACAAAAAUACAUUAAAUAAAGAAAUAAAGAAAAACAUUAAAUGAGGGAUUGUGUCUAAAUUUUUGACUGGUAAUGUAUGUAUCUGUUUUUGGACGAUAAGUAAUUUUUUUUCUUGACAUGAUAUUAAACGAUAUAUUGUUUAGCCCUAGUAUGACGUUACUCCUCAGGUCAAACUACUGAGACACUUUAAAACAGAGAAAGAGACAUAUGUAGGGAAUAUAGUACAGAUUUGUCCUUUAAUUUCAAGAAACUGAAAACAGAAAGCAUAACUUAUAUAAACCUCUUCAGAAACACAGUGACCACAGCCUUUUUUUCUGAGAGGAUAAAUGACUGAGCAUCUCUCUCUCCCAGACCUUAGCCAAUAGAAAGAGAUAGAAAAAGAGAUAGAAAGAGAAAAGGAAGAGAGAUAAAGAGAUAAAAUGAUGACGACGAUGGGAACAAACAAACAAACCAUCCAUCCUGUAUGCAUGAAACAGUACAGCUCUGUUGGCCCGACUGCGUAAGAGGUCGUUAUGUAACAUAAAUAUAUUAUAUUAUUUCUAUUUUCAGAAAAACGGGUGUAUAAUACUGUGUAUAUGAUACAGGAUACAGAGCAACAUGUGCCACUCA